AAUCGCCGGCUGUGUUUGUGUUUGGAAGAAAGGCAAACGACUGUUUCCAUUAAUGUGAGAGAGAGAGAGAGAGAGUGUUUUGGGAAGGAGACACACAAAAGAAUCGUCUUUAACGAAUCAUAAAAUCAGACACAUCCCAAUUAAAAUCCAUUUUAUUUUUUUCCAAUUUUAAUUCUUUUCAUCAUUUCCAUUUUUCUACUCAUCCAGCUCCCUCUCUCUCUGCGAGGCCAGACUGUUGGUCGUCUUCUCUGCUCCUUCUUGUGUGUGUGCCCUAGAUCUUGAGAGAGAGAGAGUCAACGAUAAAUCACUACGCAGAAGAAGUUUCAGAUUCCAGAUCUUCAAUUCUUGAUUCGAAGCUCCUUUCAGCUCAUUGCAUCAGCUACCUCUUUCCAUGCUCUCCAAGUUUUCAGAGUGAGAAUUGCAGAAAUCUCCACACAAAUCAAUUGAAGUUUCUCUGCUAGACUGUUGAUACUAAAUCCAUAUCAAAUAGUACAAUGGUGGAUGGGGACAAUAGACAGGAAUGAGAUCAUUAGGUGAUGAAAUUGUGAUGCAUUUAGUCUAGAUGAAGACGGGUCAGUGGCGACUAGGCAUGGGUGACAUGCAGAUCUUGCCCGGGGCUCGCCAUCGCCCACCUCUGAAGAGGCCAUUGUGGAUUAUUGUCUUGGUUUCUUUGGUCAGCAUCUUUGUGAUUUGUGCUUUUCUCUACCCACCUCAAAGCAGUGCCGCUUGUUACAUAUUUUCUUCGAGAGGUUGCAAGGCUAUUACCGAUUGGCUUCCACCUGCUCCUGCAAGGGAAUAUACUGAUGCUGAGAUUGCAUCCCGUGUUGUGAUUAGAGAGAUUUUGAGCGCACCUCCUAUUCAAUCCAAGAAUCCGAAAAUUGCUUUCAUGUUCCUUACACCCAGUGCAUUGCCUUUUGAGAAGCUGUGGGAUAAGUUUUUCCAUGGUCAUGAAGGAAGGUUCUCUGUUUAUGUCCAUGCUUCUAAAGAAAAGGCAAUUCAUUUGAGCCGUUACUUUCUUAAUCGCGAGAUACGCAGUGACCCGGUGAUUUGGGGGAAAAUUUCCAUGGUAGAUGCAGAGAGAAGAUUAUUGAUAAAUGCUCUUCAAGAUCCUGAUAACCAGCAUUUUGUCUUACUUUCUGAAAGUUGUGUGCCACUGUAUCCAUUUGACUAUAUCUAUGACUAUCUGAUGAAUACAAAUAUAAGCUAUGUUGACUGCUUUGAGGAUCCUGGUCCACAUGGAAAUGGGAGGUAUUCUGAGCACAUGUUACCUGAAAUUGAAAAGAAAGACUUUAGAAAGGGUGCACAGUGGUUCACUAUGAAGCGUCAGCAUGCUGUAAUAGUAAUGGCUGACAGUCUUUACUACUCAAAAUUCCGGGACUACUGCAGGCCAGGUUUGGACGGGCGCAAUUGCAUUGCUGAUGAACAUUACUUGCCUACCUUUUUCAAUAUAAUUGAUCCUGGUGGAAUUGCAAACUGGUCCGUAACACAUGUUGAUUGGUCUGAAAGAAAGUGGCAUCCAAAGUUAUACAAGGGUCAGGAUAUUACUAACGACCUUCUGAAGAAUAUUACGUCAGUUGAUGUGAGCGUGCAUGUAACCAGUGAUGAGAAGAGGGUAGUACAGAAAUGGCCUUGCUUAUGGAAUGGUAUACGACGGCCGUGUUACUUGUUUGCAAGGAAGUUCCAUCCAGAGACUCUCAAUAACUUGUUGCACCUUUUUGCCAAUUAUACAACAAUUUGAGCCAGAUAUUUUUGAUUCCAUAUUCUUUGGUUGGAUUGUUUUCGACCCUUUCACUCCCAUCUUAUUUCCAGUAUAGCUGACGAAGUUGUAAAUUGCCAAAUUAUAGAGGCUUGAUUGUUCGUUCCCCCCGACCACAAUUCUUGAGUGCAAGGGCAACAGGCAGAGCAAUUAGGGUGACCGGAGUCUGGCAGGAGGCUAACAAGCUAGUGUUGCUUCCGUGGGUAUGAGGAUAUGUUGAUCUGUACAAACCCUUCAUUUUGCGCUAUCAGUGUUAAAUUUCUAGAACAUAAUUUUUCUUUUUCGGGGGACUCUUUCACUGCAUUUUGUGGUUAGU